AUGUUUAAUGGCCUGGAUACUACUGCUUCCUCGGACUACUCUUUUUGGAAAGCCACCAGAAGACUAAAACGGCCUGUCAACGUCUCUCCUCCUAUAAGAAAACCAGAUGGUACCUGGGCGCGGACAGAUCAGGAGAAAGCCAGAACUUUCUCAGAACACCUCUCCAACGUCUUUACCCCUCACCCAUAUGACGGCUCACCAGAAGAUGCAGCAGAAAUCACUAACCAUUCAAAUAACCCAAAAGAUACGCAGGAAAUGCCUCUUAAAUUUACAAAAACAGAAGUUGCUCGAAUUAUUAGAAAAUCAGACCCAAAAAAGGCUCCAGGAUACGACCUCAUUACAAACCGGAUAUUACAAGAACUACCUGAAUCUGGCAUAACUUUCCUUACUUCACUAUUUAAUGCCAUGACCAGACUGCAGUUUUUUCCCCUGGAGUGGAAGGUCGCACAAAUUGUAAUGCUGCUAAAGCCAGAGAGACAACCUGAAGAAACAAAAUCGUACAGGCACAUAAGUCUGCUACCGGGAUAG